AUGUCUACCAGAAAUCUUACUUUAAUAAAAAAACAACAAGGGAACAUUCUUGUUGCACUUUUAAUUCAAUUGGUGAGUAAGAAAAUCGUUUUUUUUUUUUGAUUUUCCGAGCAAUUUUUAUAAUAAUUCAUAAAAUAUAAACGAUUGCAUUCGAAGCGUUCAGUGUUAGUUAUAAAAGAUCUGUAAGGAUAGGCUCUUGCAUCUGGUAUGGAGUUCAAAGAAGACAGAUAAUCAAGAGCCAAAUUGGAUUGCUUAUAAACUUUGUGCGCUAGUUUUUUCUAGUAUAUCAGACUUUUCAGAUCAGGGGACACUCACCAUGGGGAUUUCGAUGGGAAAAAUAAAUGUGAUUAGAUUUUAGUAGUUCGUCACUAAAUACUGUAACUACAUCAUUGAUAAAGUAGCUUGAACAAGUGGUCUCCCAAUUGAAGGAGUUGAAAAAAUUUGAGAUGGAGUCGUUAUCGCUAGGUUUAGAAUCAAUGGAGGUACGUUAAAUAUUGGUUUUCGAAUCAUAUCGUUAAUUGGAAACUAUUACUAAGAUUCCUAUAAAAUCUAAAAAUGUUGAAAUUGAUGAAACCAAACUUAGCAUCAUAAAUGUCAGGAGUAACCAGGUUUUCUUAAAAAUAAUAAUAUUAUUAGAAAGUAUCAUAAGAAGGGAACAUUUGAGAUUCAACAGCUUGGUCUUAGAACCACGCAUAUUUUGAUAGUAGAUUUUAAGAUUCUGGUGGAAAAUUGAUGGGCCUUAGAUGGGAGAUAAAGUUAGAAAGGUGUUAUAUUAAGUUGAUCACUAGUUGAAAAUGAGUGUUGGUGGUCGGUAGAAAUCAAAUGACAAUUAAGUUUAAUCAGUGUUUGACUGUUGAGAAGAAAAAGAACGAAGAGAUGAUUCAUGAUCCAUUUAAUUCAUUAUUUGGAUUAGUGCCUUUGCUGCUGUGGAUUAUGUGUGGGAAUCCUCAUCAACUUUUGGUCAAGUAAAUUGACAAAAACUUAAAAUAUUGAAAAAAGAAUUUAGAACUUUGAUCUCCAUUCAUAAUUGUUUUUUUUUAUCAAAGAAUAGGUACUUGCAAUGUAAGUAUUUCAGGCCGCUUCAGUUUUAGAUUGUAAGUAUUUUUAGUAAAUAACCUUUUAUUUAGUAAAUAAAGGUUAAAAUAACCUGAAUUUAAUUUUAAUUUUAAUUGAAACUACUAAUUGGUUACUACUAUGUGUAACACAAAUAUAUAUUUAAAUCUAACUUUAAUUAAACGUCUAAAUUAAAUCUUAAUUACCUACUAUUAAGUAAACAAUAUAUUAAUUAUUGAAACCAGUUAAAACUGUCUACCGAAAACUGAACUAAUUAUUUGAAAACUAACUAAUUGAUAAAAUUGGCAUAUAUUUGUAAUACAGGGUGUCCUACAGUGUUAUCCUUAUGCUAAUAAACUCUGUCAAUAUUCAUUUUUUUUUCAGUCGAGUUUUGUGCAAGAGGGACAUAAAUAUAAAAAAAAAUUAAGUUUUAUUUUCAUCCUUUAAUCACCAAAUUUAUUAUUAUUUUUCACUUCUUCAAAUUUUCAAAGUAGAAGAUAAUGAAUUACCAUGCUGAUUAUGAUUCCUUUCAAAAAUUAAUUGUUUUCACGCUAAUUUUCUAGAAAUUAAAACUGCUGUUACUAAGAAACUAUUGAUCAUAUAUGAAUGUAUAAUACAUAAAAAUAUUUAAACAUUUUGAAAAGUGAAAAAAUAAAAAGGUAUUUAUUCCACAGUUAAAAGGGAUAAACAUACAAAUUUAAUUCUCCUCUACAUACAUGUGCCCCUCCCAAAAAACCCGUUUGACAAAAAAUAUGAAUAUUUACAGAAUUAUUAACAUAAGGAUAACAUUGUAGGACAUCUGUCCUACAGGCACACCAUACUUGCCUGAUAAUAUAAUAGGUACCUAAUUUUUGUUAGAGAAUACGAACUUUAAUUAUAUAUAUAUAUUUAUUAUAAUAUUUAAUAUGUUGUAUAGGUACUAUGUGUAUAAUUAUUUAAAAUUGGUUAGAAAUAUCUUUAAAGAUAAUUAUAAUAACAUACUGGUUUUUUGUAUUUUAUCCCAACAAUAAUGUGAAUUCCAUAUAAAAACAGCUUUUUAAAAAAAAAAAAAUUCAACCCUAAAUGUCAUCAUAUCAAUGAUUACUAAAUCAUAUUUGAUACUUAAUUGACAGUAUAUAAAAUCCUAUAUAAAAACUGAUAAGGAUAACAGUGCUAACUAUAUUAAACCCACAAACGGUAACUUAAAAAAUAAAAAAAAAUAUAUAUCCUUGACAAAUUUAAAAAUAUAUAAAUAUGGUAGGUAUUCUUGUUUUUCCAGUUUAGACGACAAGUUAUUAACUAUUUUUGUAGAGCAAACCAAAAGCAUUUCAUUGGUUUUCAACACUCUUUAUUACUGAGUGCAGUGUUGUGUACUCGUACAUUAAGAUCACAAAUAUUUUAUGGCCACUGUUUCAAGACAGUGCGCUCUAUAGCUAUAUAUGUCAGAAAAACUACUACCAUCACAACCAUUAAUCCAAAUAAAACAUAUUCUCCAAAUGAACAACAGCUAUAGUAGUUAGGGAGAAAAAAUUUUAAAUUACAGUUUAUCAUUCAGUUCUACUUAUUACAUUAUUAUCACUUAAUACAUUUAAUUUCUUUGUUUUAUCAUAAAAUUUUUAAUUAAACUACAUAAUUUAAAAUUUUAACAAUUUUUUAAAGAGAAAAAACUAAGAAAUUAAAAAACACUGUGAUAUAACAAUUUUUAUAACGAAACGUAAGUGUACACCUGUAAUGAUAUGCUAUUUAAGCUAUCAUACAUUAUGUAAAAUAAAAUAUUAUGUAAUGUUAAUAAAUCAAACAAUUAAUAACAGGAAUGAUAGUAAAACAUUUACAUCCGAUUCCAUUCUUUUUUAUUAUCAAAAAACAUAUAUUUUAGUACGAUAUUUACUCAUCGUAAGGAGAUAAUACUUAAGCUAUCAUAUAUAAUUAAAAUAAAUUAUAUAAUCAAUAUUGUAAAAUAAUUAUAAUAAUUAGUAGCCAUUAAUUAUUAGAUUAAGUUGUUAGUAUUANGUAUGUAUUGUUCCCGUUGCUUUUGGACAGAUGAUCACAAGCGAGUGUAAAAGACUACGCAGAGAUUCUGACAAAAGCACGGGAACCUAGAAAAGUGCUUUAUAUUUUUAAAAAAAAAUUAAUUAAUAAAUAAAAAACAAUUGUUACAUUAAAAAUCUUUUUAUUCACUACGGUCACCUUUGUCAAAUUCAACAUAUCAAUUUGCCGCCUGAAGAAGAAAGGUAAUCAAAUUUAUAAUUAAUUUAUACGUGUAAAUCGAUUUUACAUAACUAGGCACUCCCCGCCUUAUUUUCGUAUUACUACACACCAAUGUAUAACGAUAUAUAGUGGUGGAUUUAGCGUCAAGCAAAAUAAACAGUUGCCUAGGGUGGCAAAUUUUUAGGGGCGGCAAUUUUACGACAAAAUUUUACUGAGAAAAGUAGUUUUUUUUUAGAUUUUGUAAGGUAAUUUGUAAUCUUUACAGUUGAAGGAAACUACCAACCUAUAAUUUAUAGCAAUGCAUUUUUAUAUUCUAAAAGUUAAUUUAAUUUUAUGAAUAUUUAUCAAGUGUUGGUUAUUACACACUACGUGGACAAAAAUAAAACUUUUUUCUAUCCAAAAGAUAAAAUUGUAAUAAUAUUUUUCUUCGUGACUAUGAAAUAGAGGAGAGUAGAGAAUAGGUAUUAUCCAUGUGUUUAUUCUGAUUAGACAUUCAAUUCUUUUCAACACAACUUUCAAGGCGGAUAAACUUAAUAUUCGGAUAUUAUUGAUGAGUAAACACUAUAUUUUAUAAACAAUAUUUGUUUGAUUAGAACAGUUUAUAUAAUUUAUUUAUUUUUUUAGUGGUUAUGUUAAAUAAGUACUUAAAAUCAUCUACACAUCAUCAUUUAUUUUAUAACAACUAAUAAUAUUUCUUAACUUUAUAAUGUUCAAAAAUGAACAGUUAAAUAAGAUUACAAAGUUAUAUGAUGCCAUAUAGAUUAUUUAUAGAUUCUAUAUACAUUAUACGAAUUAUAAUAUCAUAUUAUCCAUGUUAAAUAAUCCGAGUCAUUUAAAUUAGCAAUACAUAAUAGUUUAUAAGUUAUAACAUUUGAACUAAAUCGAUAAUGUACAGAAAAAAUGUUUCAAAACAGGCUUGUCAAAAAUUACGCAAUUUAAUGAAUGAAGUCUUACGUAUAUCGGCCUUAAUAAAAUUACUAAGAUAUUUUGUAUAGAUAGUGAACAUUUAAGUUUCUUGAACAAAUAACCAUAAAGCAUAGUAUGAAAGCAAUCUAAACGAAAGCUAAAAUUAAAAUUAAAUGUUUCACUAGAACCCAAAUGAACAAUAAAAUAUGUCAAAAAAAUAUUAUUCACACAAGUAUCAUUAAAACACCGUUGUGAGUCGAUAUAACUUUUUUCCAAUACCUGAUAUUCAAAUAUUUGCUAUCGAAAUGAAACCUAUAACCGAUCCGAUACUUUAAAUCAAAAACGGUGAGCCGAUAUUGAGAUUAACCGAUUAAAAAAAAAAAACCUAUACCCAAUAUUUACUAAUAUUGAUCAUGUUAAUUUUUUAAACACUAUAUUAUUUACAAUCAUUCUUUGAUUUAUAUUAUUAAACUAAAAACUCAAACAUGGACCGCUUAACAGCUGGUAACAUUUGAUACUUGAACUUUGAAACGGUUUUUUCAUAUUUUAAUAUCGAAAUUAGAUGUUUAUUGGAAAUAAACAUUUUUUUUAUCAAAAAAAAUAUUGUUUCGAAAAUAUCGGAUCCAAUUUUGGUUUCGAAAAGAAAAUUGAUAUCCGAUAUUCAGAUAUCUUCAAUACGAAAUCGGUUUAUGCCGAUACUCACUAAUAUAAAUAAUAUAUUUAAAACAAAAAUAAAAACUGGAGUAUUCAUACUGUAUGUCUGUAUACAUUUAUAAUGAGUUAACCAGAUAUUGAUCAAAUAUCUUGAUGAUUACCAAGGAUAUUUUAUUUCAAUGAUAGUUACCCAUUUAAAUUUAAAAUAGUAAAAAAUAUUUUUAUUAAUCAUACAAAAGUAAGUAAUAUAUUUUAUGGUAUUCACUGUAAAAAUUAAAUUUAUUAAUAGGUAAUUGCUUAAUAUAAUUAUUACAUACUUUAAAUGUCGAUGGCAUAAGUACCUAUGUAUACAAUAUUAUGCUACCGUCAAUGACGUAAAUUAACUCUGGGAUUAACGUUAAUACCUACUAUAAUAUGGUCAAUACGAUAUUUCCGAUUAAAUUAAGCGAAUUAGUUAUAGGAUAGGGAUAUAUUGACUAUAGGAAAUAACGUUAAUGGACAUGAAUUUCAGACAAUGAUGAAUUUAGCAAUAUUUCCUAUAGAUAUAAUGCCGACACUUCCGGUCUUCUUCAUUAAUUGGUAUCGAAAAAAAAU